GCUCGGGCGGCCAGGUCGCCUUCCUCUCCCACCCGCCCGCGCCGCGCCGCGACUGCGAAUCUGCCUUCCCCAGUCCGACCGCGAGCGCGAGGCCGUGGAAGCGGAACCCCAACCGCGGAGCCUCCCCCUGUUCGUCUCCUUCCCUGGCCCUUCCCGCACCGCGCCACCCAGCUAUAAAUUGCGUCCCCUCCCUGCCGCCUUCUUCCCCCACCCACACAUCCGACGCCGAGGAAGUAGGAAGCACGACCAGCAUAUGUCACAGAGGGCCAGCGUCCCACACUCCUCCUGCAUAGCCUUCGCGCUCCAUUCCCAUCUCCUGGUCUCCAGUGAGAUGUGCCCCAGCUCCUAUUGGCAGCAAUAGCUAUUCUCCGCCUUCCUUUUUUUCUUCUUCUUCUUCCUUUCCUCCCGUCUGGAUUUCGUUUCCGUUUGAUCGAGCUGGCUCUCAGCUUCCGUUUUUAGUUUUGUUGGCAUCUUUGCUCUCGGAUCCGUCUCUCCCUAACUCCUGAAACCCAAAAGGAGAGAAGAAACCGGGCAAGCAAGCGAUGGGUGUCAAGGGAUUCGUCGAGGGCGGCAUCGCCUCCAUCGUGGCCGGCUGCUCCACCCACCCGCUGGACCUCAUCAAGGUCCGCAUGCAGCUGCAGGGGGAGGCGGCGGCCGCCGUGGCGCCGCAGCCGGCGCUGCGCCCGGCGCUCGCCUUCCACGCCGGGGGCCACGCCGUCGCGCUCCCGCACCACCACGACAUCCCGGCGCCGCCGCGGAAGCCCGGGCCGCUGGCCGUCGGCGCGCAGAUCCUGCGGUCCGAGGGCGCCGCGGGCCUCUUCUCGGGGGUGUCCGCCACCAUGCUGCGGCAGACGCUCUACUCCACCACGCGGAUGGGGCUGUACGACAUCCUCAAGACCAGGUGGGCCCGGGAGAACGGCGGCGUCCUCCCGCUGCACCGCAAGAUCUUGGCCGGCCUCGUCGCCGGCGGCGUCGGCGCCGCCGUGGGCAACCCGGCCGACGUGGCCAUGGUGCGGAUGCAGGCGGACGGGCGCCUGCCCCUCGCGGAGCGCCGGAACUACCGCGGCGUCGGCGACGCCAUCGGCCGGAUGGCGCGCGACGAGGGCGUGCGCAGCCUCUGGCGCGGGUCCUCGCUCACCGUCAACCGCGCCAUGAUCGUCACGGCGUCGCAGCUGGCCACGUACGACCAGGCCAAGGAGGCCAUCCUGGCGCGCCGCGGCCCGGGCGCCGACGGCCUCGCCACGCACGUGGCCGCCAGCUUCACCGCCGGCAUCGUCGCCGCCGCCGCGUCCAACCCCGUCGACGUCGUCAAGACGAGGAUGAUGAACAUGAAGGUGGCGCCCGGCGCGCCCCCGCCCUACGCCGGCGCCGUCGACUGCGCCCUCAAGACCGUCAGGUCGGAGGGACCCAUGGCGCUGUACAAGGGGUUCAUCCCCACCGUGAUGCGCCAGGGGCCCUUCACCGUUGUGCUCUUCGUCACGCUCGAGCAGGUGCGCAAGGUCUUCAAGGGCGUCGAGUUCUGAGACCGGCGACGAGGAAAGAUGAUGACGACAACAAACGCUGCGCUGCCAGUUCGUCACCGCGUUCGCUGCCAAGAAUAAUAACCCGCUGCCACCCUAGAGGCCGCGACUACUAUUACGCCCUUUGCUUGCAUUGCAUCCCGUGUUAGACUUGUGCUCAUGCGCUUCACUGCAUCCUGUUGUAUCUGGAUGGAUUUGACCAAAUGCAAAUUGCCAACAUUUUUAUUAAUUAAAAUUGCUACUGCAAUGUCUCAA